GUUUGGAGCGCCUCCUAUCUGCUCCUUAUCUCCUCCAGAGCUGAGUGUGUGCUGAGGGCUGGGCAGGGACAGUUAGUCCGGGCUGGAAUACAGACUGCAGGGGCUUUCUGGACCUAUUGUCUGGAGCUAUUGUCUGAAGAGCUGUUGUCUGGAUUGUGUGGAGUUAUUGUUUGGAGUUGGAAAUGAAGAAGCUGCUCGUGAUCGGUUUGGGUUUGAUCCUCUCAGCAGUGACGAUAAUCCUAGCUGAUCCGGAUGGAGGAGGAGGAGAGCAGACACUCAGACGGCAGAAGAGGGAGUGGAUCAUCCCUCCGAGGAAGCUCAUUGAGAACGUAGAUUACACCAACCAAAAAUACAUCGCCAAGAUCCGAUCAGACGAGGAGACCAGGACCACCAUCCUGUACUCUCUGAAAGGAAAAGGAGCAGAUGAAGAACCAGUGGGAUUAUUCCAGGUGGACAGACUGCAGGGCUUAGUGACCAUCCACGGCAUAUUGGACAGAGAGACGACUUCUUCUUACCAUCUGCUGGGCGUGGCCAAGUUCCAGAACGGCAGUUACGCCGAGAAGGACAUUGAUCUGAGGAUCGAGGUUCAGGACCAGAAUGACUGCAGUCCAGUCUUCAACAUCCAGGCUGUGGGUUCUGUCUAUGAACUCAGUGAAACAGGUACCUACAUCAUUAACAUCACAGCGACUGAUGCAGAUAAGCCAAACACACCGCACUCACAGAUCGCCUACAGCAUCGUUGAGCAGAGUCCAGCCGGGAACCUGUUCUACAUCGACCGAGGGUCCGGCAAGAUCUUCGUCAGUAGGAGUAGUCUGGACAGAGAGGUUCAGGAAUCAUACACUCUGAAAAUCAUAGGCUCAGACAUGAACGGACAACCAGGGGGAAACACAGGGACGGGAACUGUGAGCAUCAACGUUCUGGAUGUCAACGAUAACGUCCCCACUUUGGAGAAGAACUCUUACGAGGGCAGUGUGGAGGAGAACAUUAAGAGCGUGGAAGUGAUCCGGAUCCGGUCUUUUGACCGUGAUCAGAUCCACACAGAUAACUGGAGAGCUGUGUACACCAUCGUCUCCGGAAACGAGGCCGGUUACUUCACCAUCACCACCGACAACGAGACUAACGAGGGCAUCAUCAUCCUCAAUAAGGAAGUGGACUAUGAGGAGAUGAAAGAGAUAAACCUGCAAGUGACCGUCUCCAACAAAGCAGCAUAUCACUCCUCGGUGGUGAUCAAACAGCCGCAGACCUACCCCAUCAAGAUCAAAGUGAUCAACGUGCCCGAGGGCCCUCGCUUCCAGCCCUCCGUUAAAGUCAUCUCACUGUCUGAAGACAAGACCAUCAUCGACCUGAAGAAAGUCAUAGCCACCUACACAGCUAUCGACAGCGAUACGCUCACAGCUGCUACUAACGUCAGAUAUGUGAAAGGAGAAGAUGCUGACAACUGGUUAAUCAUUGACGAGAAAACUGCAAAUAUCAGACUCAACAAAGUCCCGGAUCGGGAAUCUACAUUCCUCAUUAAUGGAACAUAUUACGCCAAAAUCCUCUGCAUUACUAACGAUUAUCCAAUCAAAACUGCGACAGGAACCAUCGCAAUUCAGGUGGAGGAUUUUAACGACCACUGUCCAAUCCUGACCAGCUCUGCUCAGACCAUGUGUUUGGGAGACAGCGUUGUGUACGUCACAGCUACAGACGUGGACGAGUUCCCCAAUGCAGAGCCUUUCCUCUUCAGACUGUUCUUCCAGAGCAAGAAGGGGAAGUGGACUGUGGAGCGCCUCAAUGAAACGACAGCCAUUCUGCGCUCUCAGGAGAUGCUGUGGCCCGGGCAUUACACCGUGGGUCUGGAGGUGGAGGACCAGCAGGGGAAGGUCUGUGGUGAACAGUUUGUUCACGUAACGGUGUGCACCUGUAACGGUGACAAGGUGUGUCUGCCGAAGAGACGUGGAUCAGAGGUGGUGUUCGGAGCAGCUGGAGUUCUGGUCAUGCUGCUGGGACUGUUGCUUCUGCUGUUGAUUCCUCUGCUCCUGCUGUUCUGCGUGUGUGGAGGAGCUGCAGCUGCUGCCGGAUUCAAAGCUUUCCCCACUGAACAAACCCAACACCUCAUCACCUACCGCACCGAGGGCCAGGGAGAGGAUAAGGACAUCCCACUGUUGCAGGUCCCCACAGAGCUGGACGCUGGGAUCAAAACGGGGCACGUGGAAGGCCUGGGAGAGAAAGGGCACUGGGGAGCUGGAGGAUGGGGCGGAGGAAGAGAAGAUGGCAUGAUGAACACCAGAGAAGAUUGGCACUUCAACGAGCAUUUCAAUGACUUCAACGGCAACUACAAUUCCAUGUUUGUAACCGGAGGUCACGCUGGACGUGGGGGAAUGGGAGCGUUUGAAGGCAUCGCACUGUCUGAAGCGUUCUUGGGUGACUACUAUUCAAAGAAGUCGAACUUCAUGGCGGAGCACCAGGCUGCCGGCGAAAGCCUGCUGGUCUUCGACUUUGAAGGGGAAGGCGGUAACGCGGGUCCACUGGAUGACAUCUGCGCCGAGCUGCAUGACGGAGACGACUUGGCGUUCCUCAACGACCUCGGGCCACAGUUCAGGGCGCUGGCCGAGCUUUGCCGGGGCUCGGCCAUCGAUAUUGAGGUCAGCUCGGUCAAAAAGCCACCUGCACCUGAACCAGCCCCAGCAAGGGUUCACCUAAAUGUGAGGGAAGAAGGUAGCAAGGGUGGUUUACGCACUGAGGUGGGCAGCUCUUCGUCCACCUCAGCUUCUGCUUCUGCUUCAGUUUCAGCUUCUGCAUCAUCCUCCAGCACUCAUAUGACCUCCAUGGAUUAUCGCCAGAGCGGCACAGCAUCAACAGCAGUAUCUACAGCAGGUGUGUUGACCCAUACAGUGCCCAGCCAAACCCUGCUGAUCCAACAGCCAGCGGUGUAUUACACCUCCACUCCAGUCUACCUGGUGGACCCCAAGCCUCAAGCCACUCUGCUGGUUGCAUCCGGACCAGUCCUUGGCAUGCAGGAGAACGUGGUGCUGGUGGACCAAAGAGGAGGGAGCCUAGUUCAGGGAGCAUCCACACUGGGGAAGCUAAAUCAAACCCAAACCAAGGUGCUGCUGGAGAAGAAGCCAGUCAGAGGAGCUGCAAUUGUUGAGGGCAGUGGGCCACAGGUGCUCCUAGGACAUUCCGAGGUCGGUUCGGGAAGCGUCCGGAUUGUGGAAUCUGGAAGAGUACAGACUAUGGAGCCUGUACAUACAGGGCAGAGCUCUUUACACUCCAGCAUCAGCGAAGGUCAGAGCAUCCAACUUGGCCAAGGGCUCACAGGGUCUCACAAAAGUCUCGCAGUGGCGCAGCAUGAGCAGCCACUAUUGACUGUUCCACAUGCACACGGUGGUACUCACCAAAAAGUUCGGGAAGAAAGGAUUUCCGUCAUUGAGAAAAGUUUCCAGUCCAGUGCUGCAGUCUAAUGCGGCUUAACUGACACGAAUACAAAUAUUAAUUGAUUUGUUGGGUUCAGCUUCAAGGACGUUUCUACUUGUGCAAAAUAGGCUUUCUAGAUUCUACAGGGUUUCAUCUUUGUGAUGCAUCGAGAGCCACGGUAUCCAGGAUAAUGUCAGCAUACCACCAAGAAGGACCAACCACAUCCAACAGGAUUAACUGUGGACGCUGUAAGAGGAAGCUGUCUGAAAGGGAUGUUCGGGUGCUAACCCGGAUUGUAUCCAAAAAACAUAAAACCACAUUUGCCCAAAUCACGGCAGAAUUCAAUGUGCACAUCAACUGUCCGUCGGGACAAUAAAUUAUUGUGGUCUAAAACCAGGUGUUUCAGUUUUAUUGUCCAACCCCUGUAGAUUCUGUAGAAUUACUGGAUGUUGGACGACCACGAUCCGAACAUACACUUUCUGUAUGUCCAUAACUAAUCUACACAGAUUUCUCUCCUAAAAACUGUUUAUUUGAGUGAGUAAAGUGCUUCCGUUUAUUUACAGUAAGCUUAGAAUUUGAGAUUUCUUUUAAGGCUGGGUGCAGCAGGAUUAGCAUUAGCAUUAUCGGCUAAACUGAAACUCCUGUAUAACGCUGUACUUCAGCAGAGUGGCUUUACUGCUCCUUACAACCUGUAAGGGUAAAAUUCAUACACUAGGUUCACUGCCAAUUUUUAAGAAAAUUAAAGCAUUUUAUGUGUGCCUUUUAGUGCAAAAAAUACGGUAAUCCGAGUCAUAUUAAUGUACAAUCCUGUAAUAUUAUUUUGCCGCUUCAGUUCAGCAUUGUUCUUUUAUGUAAGAUGGCGGUUCUGUGUCUCUCAGCUUGUCCAGAAAUGCAUGUAUCUGUAAAGUCUGUCCUUUAGUGGUGGCUCAAAGCUUGAAUUACAUUUAUUUUCUAUAGGGGAGCCCAUUAGCAAGAAAUACUAAUUCUCAAAUAAUGCUGCUUUAGGCUGAGCUAUGAGGUGCUAUCAUAUGAGUGAUACUUUAUCUGUAUUGUUUUCUAAAUAAAGGAGCUAAAUGUAAGGGAUAUAAAUGUUGUAAUGCACAAUUCAAGUCUUUAUGAGAGCUUUCUGAGUAUGCAAUGUUGAAAUAUUGCUGUCGAAAGUGCAGUAACACGUCUUUUAUACAAAUAAAUGGUUUGUAAAUUGUUAAAUGAUUGCAUUAUGUUUUUAGUAAUGAUUUUUUAAAUAAACACCCUUUUUUAUAAUUGAAUAUUUUAGGCCAAUGGGAGGUCAAUUUCCCCACAUCCUUCCAUACACAUGAAGCCAGGACUUAAAGAGCUAAACAUCAUUAAAAACUGGAAAAAACAAACUUUGGAUUAAUUAUGUAUACACCACACAAUGUAUAUAAAGUGCUUGUUUUAUGCUGUUAUUUUUGCACUCCUGCAACAAAGCAUUGAAAAAGCUUUGAUUUGUGAUACACUGGAAUUAAAACGUACAUAAAUAAG